AUGCAUUGGCGAUUCCUUCUUCGGGUUCUCGCUAUCCUGACCAUCUUUGUGGUGGGCGUGACUGCUGCCAACUGGGACAAAGAUGAUAUCGAGGUAUGUACGCUCUUACUUACGCAUCAGAUUUUCGAAUUGCAAGCUGCGUUGGAAGAAUCGGAGGGUGCAGGUUCCAACUUUUACUCCAUUAUGGGCCUACGUCCCUCUGCGUCACUCGCAGAAAUCCGGAAAGCGUACCGCGAAAAGAGUUUGGAGUGGCAUCCCGACAAGAACCCUGAUGUGCCUGAUGCGCACAAGCGCUUUGAGCGCCUUGGUCUGAUUCACCGUAUUUUGCGUGAUGAGCGUCGCGAUCGGUACAACCAUUUCCUAUCGAAAGGUUUCCCUAAGUGGCGUGGAAGCGGUUACUAUUACGCUCGCUUCCGCCCUGGCUUGUUCAUGGUUCUUGCUUUCUUGAUUGCCGUGUCGAUGGGCGUCCAGUAUCUCGUGCAGCAGUACAAUUGGCGCCGUGACCAGAAGCGCAUUGAGAAUCUGCGUCGUAGCGCUCUCGCAGCUGCUUGGGGCGCCUGGUUCCAGACGCCUGCAGAUGCUGUUAAGGGCACCAAACCCAAGUCGAUUCCCGCACAGAAGAAGGUCCACGUCCCUCUGCAUGGUUUUGAAGAUAUGCCGCCUGCGCCUCUGGCGGGUGACGUGAGCGCUGGCCAAGUUGAUUGGGACGAGGAGGGCCAUAAGAUUCGCAAGGUGCUUUCUGCACACCAUGGGAACGUGAAUGUGCGUAUGGUCGACGUUAUGGUGUACAGUGACAGCAGUAUGGCGAUCAUUGACGACGAGACCAACGAAUGGAUUACCGUGGAGCCGCUCAACGAGGCAGACGCACCGUCGGUAAAGACUACAUGGCCGUUCACGCUUGCCCAGUCGCUUCUGCAGCGCUCGUCGACCACGGACACUGUGCGCGACGAGGCGCAGGCGCCUGCAGACGAGGUUGAUUUGGCUACGUCGCGUACGGAAACUACGACAUCGGCUACAUCUACCAAGGCAGCCAAGCGCCGAAAGCGGGCUGGCAAGGCAUAA